AAUGACCUGAAAGGAAGUCUUGACUGUUUUUUGGCUGUCUUCUACUUUUUGCCGGAUCUAGGCGGUGUGUUAAAAUUACUUUCAAAUAUUUAUCGCUGAAUAUAUUCACUUGGUCGAGGAAGAACUUGAGCAACGCUUAUCUCUGUCUUCAUCGCUCUGGGGAGAAAAAAAAAAGCCCUCAGCCUCUGAGAUGCUUCAUGCAGGAGGCUUGAUGUUACUGGGCCUGCUGCUGCUCUCACUGCACACGGUAUUGGCGGCAGCCAUGUUGGACAUGGACCUGGAUGAGCACUGGACGCUGUGGAAGAAGACGCACGGCAAGUGGUACCGCAGCCAGCCGGAGGACCUUCAUCGCCGAGGAUUGUGGGAAAAGAACCUGAUGCUCAUCACACUGCACAACCUGGAAGCAUCCAUGGGUCUCCACAGCUACCGGCUCAGCAUGAACAUACUUGGAGACCUAACACCUGAUGAGAUCCGUCAAUCUUUUGCCAACUUGACUCCUCCCACCGACUUCCACAACCGGUCUUCUGAUCGGCCGCUUCGCCAAAUGGUUGACAUACCCGAGUCUGUCGACUGGAGGGACCAAAAGUACGUCACAAGCGUCAAGAUGCAGGGUUCCUGUGGUUCUUGCUGGGCCUUCAGCGCGGCGGGAGCUCUGGAGGGCCAGCUGGCCAGGACGACCGGGCGCCUGGUGGACCUGAGCACCCAGAACCUCGUGGACUGCUCGGGCAAGUACGGCAACCGAGGCUGCUAUGGCGGUUUCAUCGACGCGGCCUUCCGAUACGUCAUCGACAACGGCGGCAUCGAAUCGGAAAAGUCGUACCCGUAUACGGGCAAGUCCGGGCAGUGUCGCUACAGCGCCGCCCAGCGCGCCGCCAACUGCUCGAGCUACAAGGUCCUGCCCGAGAACGACGAGGACGCUCUCAAGCAAGCGCUCGCCGUUAUCGGACCCAUCUCGGUCGCCAUCGACGCCUCCCGGCCCACCUUUGCCUUCUACAGCAGCGGCGUGUACGACGACGCGUCAUGCUCGAAGAGCGUGAACCACGCCGUGUUAGCGGUCGGCUACGGAACGUUAGAUGGGAAACAAUUCUGGCUGGUCAAGAACAGCUGGGGUGCUUCGUUCGGGGACGGCGGCUACAUCCGGAUGGCUCGCGGCAAAAGCAACCAGUGCGGCAUCGCCAUGUUGGCCUGCUACCCCGUCAUGUAAUCCACAACAUUCAAAAUUGACAUGACAAAUGCUAAAUUGCAAAAUGGAAGCUUGAGAGCAUUUUGUGGUCUCUGUUUGGAUGUUUUGCUGCUUGAUGAGGCAAGAGUUACAAUAACUUGA